GGGCUCCAUCUAUGGUUCUCUCAGCCUCUAGAACCUUCUUCUGCUAGAACCCUAAAUUAUAAACCCAGAACCAACUCCUCCAUUGAUUCGAAUCCAUACAUUUUCUUCAAAGACCAUUCUCUGAAACUUCUUCUUCUUCUUUUUUUUUAAUCGUCUCCGAGGGUAAAAGCAAAAGAAGCAGUGGCAAAUGGCGGACGAAGUGGCGCUAGAUUUAGAGGAACUUCGCCAGCUUCAAAGCAUUGCCAAGAGGCCUAGGAUUCUUUCCCUUCUUUCCUCCGAGAUUGGCAACUUGGAGAAGUCGUCAAAAGAUGCAUCUUCCGGAACUACUUCAAAGUCUUCAACUCCAAUUCCAGUUCCAGCCAAGGUGCCUGCAACCCCUGCAAUUAACUAUGUUACUCUUGGAUCAUUCAGCUGGGAUCAAGACGGAGACAAAGUGAAGAUUUAUGUGUCAUUGGAAGGAGUGGAUGAAGAGAAAGUGGAGAGUUCAUUUAAGCCAACCUCUUUUGAUAUAAAAUUCCAUGACGUCCAAGGGAAGAACUACCGAUAUGCCGUACCAAAACUGAACAAGGAAAUAGUUCCAGAAAAGUCAAAGAUGGUCGUCAAGCCAAACAGGGUUAUAAUCACGUUGAUUAAAGCUUCGAAGGGAAACUGGCUGGAUUUGCACCACAAGGAAGAUAAGCUGAAGCCGAAUAUGGAAAAAGAUCGUGAUCCUAUGGCAGGAAUAAUGGAUUUGAUGAAGAACAUGUAUGAGGAAGGGGAUGAAGAUAUGAAGAGGACCAUUGCAAAAGCUUGGACAGAUGCAAGAUCUGGGAAAACAGCUGAUCCUAUGAAAGGUUUUCGAUGAACUUUUUACUGAUGGCAGCUGGAGAUGGAAAGAUUGUCCAAAAUCUUGUUAUUGGAUUCUUUGGUUGGCCUAUCUUGCUUCUUGUUUGUAGAUGGUUUAUGUUUUAUUAGAACUAGUUGAGCUCUACUUUGAAGGAGGUAAUUACUGAGCUUUAAUCAUGGUCAAUGAUUUUUGGUAUGCUACUCUUUAACUUUGGCCGAGUAUUUUGAAAGGAAAAUGUAUAUUUGAAGCUGAAUCAAUUCCUAGGCUCCUUGGUUGUGGUUUGAUUUCUAA